AUGGAUAUCUUAACGAUCGCUUACAUUGUGAUCGUACUGCUGACCAGUGUUUACGCCUAUUCCAAAUGGACCUACACCUAUUGGAAGAGAAGAGGAUUGGAAUACUUGGAACCUGAAUUCUUCUACGGAAGCAACAAAGACCUGAUCCAGAGGAAGCUGGGAAUAGGCGAUCAUUUCGCCAACGUCUACAACAGCUUCAAAUCGAGAGGGCUGAAAUGCGGUGGGCUGUUCAUGUUUUUCAAACCGGUUUUCAUGCCGGUAGACUUGGACCUGGUGAAAACGAUCAUGCAGAAAAAUUUCGAUAAUUUCCGCAACCACGCACUGUUUGUCAACGAGAAAGUUGAUCCUUUGGCAGGGCAUCUUUUCAAUCUGGAAGACGAAAAAUGGAGGAAGAUCCGGUCCAAACUCACCCCUACGUUCACCUCAGGUAAAAUGAAGAUGAUGUUCCAUACCAUGGUGGCAUGCACAUCCGGCCUGGAAACCAUUCUAGAGCGGCACUCCAAUAUCCAGGAACCUAUCGAAAUCAAGGACCUCGUAAGCCGGUUCACCACUGACGUCAUAGGCUCGGUGGCAUUCGGCAUCGACUGCAACAGCCUCGAAAACCCGGAUUCAGAAUUCAGGCAAUACGGCAGGAAGAUUUUCCAGUUCGACCUGGUGAGAAGGAUCAAAGGCAUGAUAGUGAUGGUGAUACCACGCCAGAUACUCGUCAUGAUAGGCUUCAAGCAAAUGGACCCGGAUAUCGAGAAGUUCUUCAUGAAGGUGGUUAAAGACACGGUCAGAUACAGGGAGGCGAAUAACAUCCACAGGAAGGAUUUCAUGCAGCUGAUGCUGCAACUGAAGAAUCGCGGCAAAGUGAGCGAGGAGGAGGAAUCCUCACCCCUUCCUGUAGGACAGAUCGAAGGGCAAUUCAUGACCCUCAACGAGGUGGCAGCCCAGUGCUUCGGCUUCUUCGCAGCUGGAUUCGAAACUUCGGCUACCACGAUGACUUUCGCGCUGCUAGAGCUAGCGCUGAAUCAGGAUAUACAGGACGAGCUGAGAAAGGAGAUUGGGAUGGUUUUGGAGAAACAUGGUGGGGAGCUUACGUACGAUGGUAUAAUGCAGAUGAGUUAUUUGGAUAAAGUGAUUUUCAUUCCAGAAACCUUACGUAAACACCCACCCAUUCCCGGUAGUCCCAGGGUCUGUAAUAAAGAUUUCAACAUUCCUGGCACCGAAGUGGUCAUCGAAAAGGGAACCAGAAUUCACAUUCCCUUCCAGGCCAUCCACAGGGAUCCAGAAUAUUAUCCAGAUCCAGAGAAAUUCGAUCCAGAAAGAUUCAACGAGGAAAACAAGGCCAAACGACAUCCGUUCGCUUUUCUUCCAUUUGGAGAAGGGCCAAGAAUAUGUAUAGGAUCACGAUUUGGAUUAAUGCAAGCGAAAGUUGGGUUAUGUGCCAUUUUGAGGAAGUUCAAAGUAACGCUUGAUGAGAAGACAGCAACUCCAAUCAAAUACUCGACUACCAGCCCCCUUACAUCAGUAGAUGGAGGAGUAUGGAUUAGAGUUUCUUAACUCUGAUGAAUUAUUCUCAUUAGACAGUAACCUAUUACUGAAAGAAAUAUUUGUAUUUAUUAUCAUCUAUUAUUAACUAUUUAAUAUAAUUACUUUCAUUGAUGUUCU